AUUUUAAAAGGUAGAAUUUAUUAUUUUACUCUUUUAAAAAGCAUAAAACCCUGUGCUUCCCAAUAUCAAAAUAGGAUGUAGACUAUUUUAAGCUUCUCUAAUAGUGUAACCAAUCCCCCAAAAGCAGAUAUACUUUAUAAAUGACAUUUUAUAUAUAUUAUAUUUCUAAUUACCUGAGCGGAGAAUGUUAGAACAGGUGCAUACCACUAACUAUUAUCAUCUUGCUUAGAUUUAGUAAUUGAAUAUAAAGCCCACAAGUAUUUUUGACAUCCUAUUUGCUUUGAGUUAUUAUUAGAUUUACAGUCAACAUGGGUGUCAAUUUUAUUACAGGAAAUUUUGAAGACUUUAGGGAAGAUUUAUAAAGAGACAAUUCAGACCUACGUUUGACGUUUUCUCCAUACAAGUCUUGUCUUUAACAGAAUGAUCAGCUCUAUAGUUAACAAUAAUCUUGAUGAAAGGAGGGUCAGUCAGUAUGUAAAUUAUCUCUUCAAGCCAUGCCUUUUGCUCCUGCAGAAUCCAUCCUGACAUACAGCCCUCUGGCUCCUUGAAGCAGUGUCUCUUCAUGGUCCAUGCUGGUAAGGUCCCUUAGAGCACAAAGCCCCUGUCAGCAGACAACCAGCCUGCAGGAGGUCAAUAAAAGUGAUGCCUACAGAGAAGCAUGAAGUGGAAGACAUAUUACCAGUUACAUAAUGACUAAGUAGAGGAUGGGAGCAUGGAGGAAACACACUGAUACCAGUGAACCACCAUCAGAGGAGGAUUCCAAGAGGCAACAUGCCCUGGAGGUGUUCUGGAUGGAUGGCUGCUGGAAGCCCGUCACCAUAGCCAGCUAUUCAACACUUAUGCAUUUAUCUGGGCGUUAAGUAAUGAAAAUUUUGAAACCAUAUAUGAGGAAUACAUCCAUCUCGUGCUACUUGUGUUUCCUUCUAAACAGUCAUUUUUUAACUGAGGUUGGCAUUCAUGUCUUCAUUUGGGGCUGUGUCGGGGUAGGUCUCCCCAAGACAGAGGCCAACUGGGAAGAUGUGUUAGCUGAUCUAAAUAUUAUUAAAUCUGAUAUUCAAUCUAUUCAUAUUGAUGUUACUUUGUACACUGACAGUGACUUUCAUCCUGGUUGCAAAUUUACUGCAAUGAAGUGCUUUCUGCUGGAAUUACAGGUUAUUUUACAUGAGUACAGCCACACACGCCUCAAUGCAACAGUAAACAACAUGAUGCUCCUAAUAAAGAGCAAUCUGGCUUCCACCCAGAAUAUAACAGAAUCCGGCUGCAAGGAAUGUGAGGAACUGGAGGAGAAAAACAUCAGGGAAUUUGUGCAGAGCUUUAUCCAUAUUGUACAAAUGUUCAUCAACACUUCUUGAUGGCAGGUGGUCCUCAUCAGGGUCUCCAUUGUUACCACACCUCUGCCUGCUGUACAGAGGCAGCACAGCCCUGUGCAGUUGAGAUCUGCUGGGAAAACAAAGCUGCCUAGGCAGAAGCUAAUGAGCCACUUGGAUCAGAUGAACUCUGGGAGAUGAAGAGGUGGGGGAGAGCUCUUCUCAGGCCUGUUCUGCUUGCUUAUUUUUAAUUUAUUACUGCAGUUGUACAUAUUUGUAAUAUAACAGAAGAUGUUAAAUAAAGUUGUUCGUACGUUUUAUCAAUUGA